AUGUCUAAUACAAUCCGUAAGCAGCUCUUCGCAACUGGCGGUAUCGUGGGCUCUGUUCUAUCCCUCUACCUUGGAUACAAAUACACUAUUUUCAAUGUUGAAGCUGGUCACAGAGCUAUCAAAUUCAACAAAAUGAAAGGAAUCCUUCCAACAGUGUACAAGGAAGGAUGGCAUCUUAUGGUUCCAUGGCUCGAACAUCCAAUCAUCUAUGAUGUAAGAACCCACCCUCAGAUCUUCAAGUCUCAGACUGGAUCUAAAGAUCUCCAGUUCGUUGAUCUAACUGUCAGAGUGUUAUACAGACCAGAUGCCUUCAAGCUCCCAGAACUUUACAGGUUCAUCGGAAGAGACUAUGAUGAGAGAGUGUUACCAUCAAUUGUGAACGAAGUUCUCAGAAGUACUAUUGCUCAGUAUAAUGCUACUCAACUUCUGACUCAGAGAGAACAAGUUUCAUUCUUGAUUAGGAAAACUCUAGAAGAACGUGCCUCAAGGUUCUCAAUCAUCUUGGACGAUGUAUCUAUCACUCAUUUGCAAUUCUCUGAUGAAUUCUCUAGUGCUAUUGAAAUGAAGCAGAUUGCCCAACAGGAUGCUGAGAAGGCAAAGUUUGUAGUCAUGCAAGCUGAACAGGAAAAGAAGAGUAACAUCAUCAGGGCUCAGGGAGAAGCCAAAGCAGCUGAACUGUACGGAACCUCAUUGGCACAGAACCCAGCUUUCAUUGAAUUGAGAAGAAUUGAAGCCUCCAAAGACAUUGCUGACAUUAUUGGACGUUCUAGAAACAGAGUCUUCUUGGAAUCAGACUCACUGAUGAUGAACUUGACAGGAUCAUUUGACGAGAACUUAGAGAAGCAAACCGUGAAGGGAUCUAAAUUAGAAUAA